CUCGAAGUUCUACAACGCACAAUCUCCACACCCCUUAUAAAACGGCCUCCCAGCCCCCGCCAUUCCUACUCUUCGUCUCACUCCACGUGUUCUCCUCUUCUCCCGUGUUCGCAAGGCCCCGCGCUUCCGCUCCCAUCACCUCCCUAGAUCCCGGCGAUCUAGCCCCGCACAAGUGCAAACCUUGAACCGGACACGGUCCACCCUUCUUACCGCUUACCACCAUAGCCGGCACUAUGGGUUUCUCUCUCUCGCACUCCCUUACCAAGGCUAAGUUCCCUGUGGUCGGCGCGGCAGGUCCCACCACCAAGCCUUCAGAGCGCGAGAAGAGCCGCAAGAUCCCAUCCUUCGGCAAAGGCAAGUCCAAGACGGCCGACCAGCUGCUGUGCGAGUACUCCCAGUACACGCUCGAGCACUGGGACGAGGUCGAGCUCGACGAAGCCGACCUCGAGGACGCUGAGCUGGGCGGCGAUAAUGCCGUGCCGCGUUGUCUGUCCGAAAGCGUGUUCUUGAUGGGCUGUAAGAAGGAUGAUCUGGGUAGGAAGGAUGACAUCGUUGAGAACACGCGUGGACCGCGGCCGCGGUAUGAUCUGCGCUUGAAGGGGACGAAGGUGCGCCGAUCUGGUGGAGUGCUUGGCUCGUCUCGCUCCGAGGAGGUGGAGCUGCAGAAGUCGAAGAAGGAGAUUGCGAAAUGGGCUUCUGAGGUUGGGACUGCGAAGUCCGAAGUUCUCUUUGACGCAGACAGCCCGACUGAAGCGGAUGAACAGCCGGCGCCUGUGGUGCUCCUUAGCCCUGAGGCUAUUGCAGGCCAGUUUACUUGGCUGUGCGCACAGGAUGCAGAUGCUUUUGAGCCGUCGCAGUCUUUUUUAGGGAUGCGCUCCCCAAGCCAGACCAUGCUCGGCUUCGGGGAGCGCAUUCUCGCCAUCGGUGAGCUUCGUCCGUACAUGACGCCCGUGGAGGACUUGCAUCGGGUGCUUGAUGACGUAUUGCUGGAAUCCAGCCAUGACGAAGUCAAUGAAACCGCGCUCGAGUUUGUCCCUGCUAGGCGUGCGCCUAGACAUUUGAUCGCUAAGAAUGGUGGUGAGAAUCCGUUCGAGGGCGAUUUUUUGAUGGAGAAGGAUGAGGGGGUGGCGGAGAUCAGCUCAGAGCACGCAAGCCAUCAGAUGAAGGUAGGGGAAGAGCAUGUGGAAUGGGUCUGCGAAGCUUCAGCUCGCAGUAACGCUAAGAUUGGCAUGGAGACUGUUGACUUGGGUCUAUGCGCCAAGUGCGUCCCUAAUUCUGACUUCCUUCCAGGCAUCGACCAUCUGACUAACAUUGCAGUCCGAUCUAUGUGGUUUGAAUAUGAUCGCAAUACGCAACUGGAACCAGCAGCGCAGCCGCUAGAGACCCGACCUCUUAGCAUCUCGGAACUCCUAGAUUGGUAUUACGAAGUAGGUGGAAGUACGGGCAGUGAAGUUGAGAAUUGUUCAAGCCCGCAGACGUUCUUCGAUGAUGAAACAGACGAUGAAGAGGAGAAAGAGGACUUCUAUGGAAUCCGAGAGAUCACGGAUCCAUACAUCGACGAAUACGACGACGCGGACCAGGGGCUUCAAAGCCUAGAUGAGAACGUCGAGUUUAAGUGGCCAGCGCAUCUAAACCAACACCUUAGCACGAUCACAGAGAAUUCAGAAGGAACCCGAUCCAAGACUUCUAGUUCGGACUCUUCAAUCGACUUCGCAGACAACCGCGGCUUCGUUAAGCCCGCUUCAACUCGACGCGCCAACUUCCUGGACGACGAAGACUCGCCGGCAUCUCAGAACACAGGAUCGGCUAGCGAGCGUCUUCAAGAAUCCUGGGUUGAGGAAACGUACUUCAGCGACGAGAUGUGGCGGUCGGAUCCAGACCUCCGUACUGCUUUUGUCGUAGCCGAAACAACCGAUCGGGUUGAUCUCCCUAGCAUGCAGGUUGAGAACUCCGAUUGUGAGCUGUUUGGGCAAGCUCCAGAGGCAGAUGAGGAUGUAAUAAACGAUAUAGAUAUCUCGAUCCGCGCGCUGCAGAUGUUCGUUGAAGACUACGUGCAGCGCAUUCGAGGCGGCGACGUCACGCACAUGGCGAUAACUCGCGAAGAGAUCCAAAAGGACUCUGAUCCUCAAGCCGCGUCCGGUUGGCAAGGUAUGACCAUCGAUGAGGUGUGUGCUCGCAUCCAGAAUAUGUAUGAAGUGCUCAAUUUGACUGCAAAGCAAGUGCAGGAGAAGACACUGCGCAAGGUGCUGGCAGUGCUACAGCUAUUCCAUGCCAAGACUAAUGCAUGCAUCGUUCAGCUGGAGACUGCCAGCGCACCGUCACAUACGACUGGUGGCUUCUUUGUGGUGAACCACUUCUGGAAUGCUGCUUUUAGCGGCAUGAAGUAUAUCGGAAGUGCGCAUAGUGAGAUGCUCCAGAAACCUGAUUUAACCCACCAAGCGGCGGAGGCCUCAAUUACGGAGCGGCUAGUAUGGUGUGACUGGCUGAGUGGCAUAUGCCGAUCGAUGCUGUCGGUUGUGCAUGACUUCGUCGUAGCAAGCCUCCAUUGGUGGGCGGCAAAAACCUUCCAAGCUAUUCGGCGGGUGCAAGCUACUCCCGAGCUGAGCUCCCACGGAAACAGCAUGGGCGCGAGUAUCCUGUUCCCUGGAUUCUCGUGCUUGAACACCACGUGCAUGGUUAAGGGGCCGCUGGGGCCGUAUGUUGUUCCUGGGGGUUAG